AUGUCAUUUCAAAAUAAUGCACAAGUUGGAUUAAGAAUUGCAUUCUUUGCAUCUAGUUCUAUUAAACCUCCUCGAUUACCUGCUGAUUGUCUUGAAGAUAUUUUUAAAUAUUUGUCCGAUGACACUGAUUCUUUAUAUUCCUGCUUAUUAGUUAAUAAGUUAUGGUGCCAAAUUGUAAUUCGAAUUCUAUGGAAAAAUCCAUGGAACCUUAAUUCAAAACCUAAAUAUAAUCGUAUAACUUCUUGGGCUUGUAUAACUAGAACAUUGAUAUCUCUUAUUCCUGAUACUUCUAAGCAGAUCUUGAAGCGAAAUGGUGUUGAAAUCCCUCCUUUAAUCGUUUCAUCUCAAUUAUCAUCUCCUAUAUACAACUAUUUGGGAUUCUGUAAAUCUCUUUCACUUAAAGAAAUUCAUAGAGUUAGACGAGAAUUUCUUGACCUAAUUCCAAUGAGCAAUAUCGAAAAAGUUCAUAAAGAAGAUCUUGUAGAAAAAGAAAUUUACAAAUUAUUUCUUGAACGUUGUUAUUCUCUUAAAUACCUUCAACUUUUGGAUGUUCCACUUACUGAUUGUCCCGGUGCCACCACGAGUUUAUCACGUCUUUGUGAAUUAGAAUGUAACGCUAACAUUUCUUCAAAGACAUUUUUAGAACUCUCCAAAAUUUGUCAGCACAUUCAAAUAAUAAACAUUAAUCCAUGUGAUAAGGAUAAUAAAGGUUUAGCAACAUUAAUUAAAUCUCAAAAGUCUUUAAAAGAAUUAAAAUUACAAUGUUCAUAUCGAGAUUUCAAAGUUCCUUUAAUCAGCAACGCAAUUUCCACUCUUUCCGACACUUUGAUUUGUAUUCGUUUAAUAAAAAACAUUUGUAUUUCACCAACAACACUUCGUUACUUAUCAAAUAUUAAAACUUUAGAAUUGGAUUUAUCAGAAACUCAAUCGUCUUAUGAUAUUUUACAAUCUAUAAAUCUACCAAAUCUCGAAAUCUUGGAUGUCAAAUUUGAUGAAGUCACUCCUUUUUAUAUUUAUACAAAUUUAAUUUCAACGACGAAAAACUCUUUAAAAAAAAUAAAUAUCAAUCAUUGGUGUUCUGUGUUGAAUGAAGAAAUUAGUCCAUAUUUACAUUCCAUAAUUAAUCAAUGUAGUAAAUCAUUACAAUACGUCACAAUUUGGUGUUCUCAACAUGUUUUCUUGGAUAUUAAACAAUUAUUGAUUUCUUGCAAUAAUUUAAAAACAAUCAUCUUUGAAACUUUGGAUGAAAAUGAUUAUGAGGAUGAGUACGAUAAUGGAAGAAUGAUUUUAGAUCUUUUAGGAAAAUCAGCACCUUGUAAUUUAAUAGAUUUAAGAUUUAAUGGUAAAUGGAAUUUCGAUGUUACUGAUUUACAUAAAUUUUUGGAAAUUUGGAAACGUAGAAAAACUUCGUUAUCAUUACGAGUUGACAUUUAUCCUUUCACUCUUUCUCGGGAGUGUAUAAAUUUAAUUGACAAGCAUCGUGAAGAUGGCAUAUUAAAAAGUUUUUCUUGGUGUUAA